AUGUUGAGCAAUGGUAGGCUGAAUAGAAAUAACAGUGAUAUUUUUAGGUUACUAUUGCUAUGUAUGCUGCCAUCUGGGGUACCGUAUAUGUAUUUACCAGAACGUGUAAAAGUUACCGAGGAGCGAGAGAGCUAUAGCACGAUCACCGUAAGCGACAUAAAGGAAAUACCCCAUCACGCGCUGAUAGUGUACGGCUCAAAGUACUGCUCAGGAAGUCUGACUGGCAGCCGGAUUGUGGUGACUGCGGCGAGCUGCUUCGUAAACAACAAAGGAGAAACUAUUUUAGUAAAAGUCGGAUCCAAUUCAAUGGUUGGAAGCGGGCAAAUCAUUUCCGUCUUGGAAUACAAAAUUCACGAAUACUUCAGAUAUUUAAGCAGUCUUGAUAACGACAUUGCGCUGAUAAUCCUCAAGGAACAUGUGCGCUUCGAUGGGAAUGUAGUCAAAGCGCAACUUGUGGAAUCUGAGGUUGCUUUACGAGAUGGAACCCCGAUAAAAGUUUCCGGCUGGGGUGGCACAGACUUGCCAGUAAAAUUUUUAAAUUUACUUUUGAAGUCAAAAAUGUUAGUUAUAAAUAAAACGGAUUGCGAGCAAACAUAUAAAAGCCUUCUAACACCAUCUAACUUCUGUGUGAGAUAUAAAAAUGAGGGUCGUUUGAGUGACAAUGGCGGAGGUGCCACAUUCGAUAAUAUUCUAGUAGGAAUCCUGUCAUGGGGCGCCAAUAGUAAAAAUAACAUUGCAAUCCUAACAAAUGUUUCCUACUUCGAAAGGUGGAUUAAGCUGAAUACGAAUAAGUUUCUCACAAAAUAUUGUGUUGUGAAAGGUAACGCAAAUCAGUUGGGAUUUCAUUCCGAAGAAUACGUGGAGUCUUAA